AUGUCUCUUCCAAAUGUCUCAGUUAUCCACUGUUUCUGCCUCUCUCAUUACAUCUUUCCCAUAAUUCUCUUCCCAUCUAUUCCAGUCUUUUCUAAUUUUCUUUCCAUCUAUCUCAUUAUUUGUCAAUCUGUCUAUCUCAGUCUCUUCUCAUCUAUCUAUCUAUCUAUCUAUCUAUCUAUCUAUCUAUCUAUCUAUCUAUCUAUCUCAGUCUCUUCCUAUCUAUUAUUUGUCUUGUUCUUUUCCAAUCUAUUUCAGUCUCUAUCUAUUUAUCUCUUCCUAAUUCAGUUUCUUCUCAUCUAUCUCAGUCUCUCUCUAUCUCUGUCUAUAUCUGAGAUGAGGGAACAACUUUUGUACGGACUUCUCUUCAUUUCCCUUGUGGCUUUGAUCAAAUCUACCUACGCAUCUUCUGAACCAUGUACAGCAAUGGAUCCGGGAUUUUCUCCAUCUAGCCCGCCUCGUCUUUUUAUUGAUGUAAAUGAAGCCAGUGAACAAGACUUGAAAUAUGGCGGAAAUCAAUACGUCAGUGAAAUACGUCUACACGGUGCAUACGGUGCUAAAACUCCAAAUGGAAUUCAUUUGACAUUUGGCAGUUCAUACCGUAUGGUUGAUCCUAACGAAUAUUUUGCUUUUGAAUAUGAACAAAGCACACCUUUCCGGAACAUAAUUCGUCUUAUAAAGCCACUUGACAGAGACGGUCCCACAGAUUCUGUUAUGGAUGAUACAAUCAUUGAUCAUUUUCGGCUAAAAUGUGUUCCUUACAAGAAUAAUACUUCGGAAUAUUGGUACGAUGUCAGUUUGCUUAUACAUGAUAUUAAUGACAAUGUUCCUCAGAUGGCCAAGGAUAACGUAUAUUCUGCUGUUGUAAAUGAGUUAACUCCUGUUGGUGCCACUUUGCCAAUAAAAGUAUCUGUGACAGAUAAGGAUUCCGGAAACAACAGACAACUUACCUACAAGAUUUCAACGGCUAAUGGCUCCACGGUUGCUGAGCAUUUGGGGAUCAAUAAUGAAACGGGGAAGGUCUACCUUCAUAAGGCUUUUGAUUAUGAAAAUCUAAGUGUUGACAAUAGAAAAUUUUCUUUUCCUGUCAUUGUACACGAUAAUGGAAAAUUGCAGCUCACAUCUACAGCCACCCUGACCAUUACUGUGACCGAUGGGGAUGACCUGGGACCCCAAUUCAGACAUUUAGCUUGUCAGAAAGCAUUUGGUGGAAAAUGCUUUACUCCAACUUAUAAUGCUGAUGUAGAAAGUGUGCUUGAGAAUUCCCCCAUUUUAUUUCAGUCCUCUGGUGGUGGUCCAUUAAUGCAGAUUAAAGCUAAAGAUGGUGAUACAUUGGCUGCUAAAAUUGAUUUCAAAAUCAGUGCUGUUCUGCCAAGCCAGUACAAGUCCAAUUUUAAAAUCAGGAUAACACCGCCAGAAAAGGGUUCUGACGGCUAUUAUACUGCAUCUCUGACAUUAAUAAAGUCAAUAGAUAAAUCCGCUCUGGUAGGAACAGUCGUUUACAUUACGGCCACUGAAGAUACUACACGCCACCUUUUCAGUGUAGCAAGAAUCCUAUUUAAGUAUCCUUACAAACCAUGUGUCUCUUUCUUUUACAACCAUAGCAUAGUGUCUGACUACAUUUCUUCAUCACAUGUCCUUCUCUAUCGCACGUCUAGCACUGGAACAUUGUUUAUUUGUUUGUUUCCUUCUUUUUCCUUUUUUUUCUUUUUUUUCCUUUCUUUUUCUUUUCUUUCUUUCCUUCUUUUUUCUUUCUUUUUUCUUUCUUUCUUCUCUUUCUUUUCCUUUAGCUUUCUCUUUCUUUUGCUUUCUUUUUCUUUUUCUCUCUUUUCUCUCUUUUUCUCAUUUUCUUUCUUUUCUUUUUUCUUUUUUAUUUCUUUCUUUUUCUUUCUUUCUUUCUUUUUCUUUCUUUCUUUUUCUCUCUUUUCUCUUUCUUUUUAUCUAAUUUUCUGUUUCUUUUUCUGUUUCUUUUCUGUUUCUUUCUUUCUUUCUUUCUUUCUUUUCCUUUGUUUUUUCUUUGUUUUUUCUUGUUCUCUCUUCUUCUUUUUCUCCUUCUUUCUUUUUCUUUCUUUCUUUGUUUCUUUUAUUUUUCCUUUUCUUUCUUUCUUUCCCCCUUCAUUCUGA